AUGAUGCUGCCUAAGACCUUGCCAAUUAGUAAUUCAAAAGUUUAUGGAAUCGGAACUGAUAUAGUUCAUUUGCCUAGGAUUGCAAGAUUACUGAUUCGAUAUCCUCUAGAGCUGCCUGGAGAAAUACGAAAUAAAAAAAGUUUCCAUAGGAUAUCAAAUAAAUUUAUGCAUGAACAAGAAUAUUCAUAUCUACAAUCAUUGAAUCAAGAUACCCCUAGAGAUGUCAAUCGAAUAAUCAAGUAUAUUGCAAGUGUUUGGGCUUCAAAAGAAUGUUUUUAUAAAAGUCUAAGCAAUUAUGUACCUAAAACCGAAUUACCACCAGCUCAAACAAUUUAUACUAAAUUAGCAUAUAGAACCAAAGACAGAGAUGGAAAGCCACUUUUACAAAUAGAUCCAUCUUUUAUUAAUGGUAAUAUGAAAUAUACAAACUUUUUCAAUAAUUAUAUUGAUCCAAAUUUAUUUCAAAUUUUAUUAUCGAUAUCUCAUGAUAAAGAUUACCUUAUUGCAUUCACUUGCAUCACAAACAAGGUAUAG